AGUACAAAGAUGAAGGGAGGAAGGAGAUGACGUCGUCUCUGUACUCUCAGCUCCCUGAAACCUCAGAGACCCACUUCGCUCGAGAGAUGACUGAGAUACAGAGUGAGAACAAGUAUAAGGAGAGUGGGAAGAAGAGCCAAACCAUCAGUGUUUACUCCCAGCUCCCAGAGACCAACGAAAUCCAGUUUGCCAAAGCUGUAUCUGAAAUGCAGAGUGAGACCAAAUAUAAAGAAGCAGGGAAGAAAGACGCGUCCAGCUCUCUGUACUCGAAGCUGCCUGAGACUCUGGACACUCUGCACGCUAAAGAGGUUUCACAGCUGCAGAGUCAGGUGAAAUACAAGCAGGACGGCAGGAAGGAGGCGAGCGGUUCUCUGUAUCACCAGCUGCCUGAAACCACAGAGACACAGCUGGCUAAAGAGCUGAGAGACAUUUACAGCGAGGUGAAGUAUAAAGAAGGGGGAAGAAGGACGUCAGAACGAACUUGUACUCGCUCCUCCCUGAGACGGCAGAGACCCAGUUUGCCAAGCAUAUGUCAGAGAUACAGAGCGAGGCAAAGUACAAGAAGGACAAAGAGGAUCUGCCCGACACGUUAUACUCUCUGCUGCCUGAAACUCUGGAGACUCAGUUUGUCAAAGAGAUGGCUGAGACACACAGCGAGGUCAAGUACAAGGAAGCAGGGAAGAAAGAAGCCAGCAGUUCUCUGUACCACCAGCUGCCUGAGACUCUGGAGACGCAGCGUGUUAAGGAGGUUACUGAGCUGCAGAGCGAGAACAAAUACAAGCAAAGCGGGAAGAAGUCGAUGUCGUCCAGUUUGUACGCUCAGCUGCCGCAAACGGCUGAGACGCAGCUCGCCGCCAAGAUGUCCGACCUGCAGAGCGAAAGCAAAUACAAGGAGGACGGGAUGAAGAGCCGCUCUCAGAGUUUAUACUCUCAGCUACCAGAAACUGCUGAGACUCAGUUAGCAAAAAACUGUCUCAGAGCUGCAGA